GAGGAACACGGAACGACGAACGAUAGAAAUAGAACAGUAGGUCCAUUAACUCAACUCCAACUGUUGAAUGUUGUUGAAUCCGAAUUUCCUUCCUUCGUACUAAACCUUUAUCAGCUUAUAUUACGUCUUAAUUCACCAAAACAAACCACUUCGGUAUUUGUUGUGUAAUAUUUAUCUAAGAGAUUUGUGUUGCUGGUGUUAAGCGAUAGUUUUUCGUUGGAAACCUACUGUAAUAAGUGAUUCUGCCUUUUGUGGCCUUGAUUUCGUCCUGCAAGUUCCAUACCACGCCCUAAAAUAGGCCUAUCAGAUACUGCUGUUAUGGAUAUGAUGAUCUCCAACUUGCAACAACAGAGGCAAGUAACAGAACAGCUUAGAAGAGAAGCUGCAAUUAAGCGCAUUAGCGUAUCUCAAGCAGUCCAAGACAUCAUAAAAUACAUCUCAGAACAUGAGCAAGAAGAUUGCCUUCUGGUAGGCUUUAGCUCUCAAAAAGCUAACCCCUUUAGGGAGAAAAGUAGUUGUAAUUUACUCUAGAAGUGGUUGUCAUCCUUUAUUUUUCAUCUUUAUUAGUUAUCAUUACUCUUAUUUGGGACCAAUACACUAAAUUACUGGAGGAUAUGGGUAACAUUAUGGAUUUUGAUUCACAAGGCCUGAUUUUUAAAAUUUCAAAGAACUUUAUUGAGAUUUUCCGACAUUAAGUUAUAAGCCUAGUGUUAUUUCAUAUUUGUUGUCUACAAAGUUGUCUACAGGAAAUGAUAGGCUAUGCAUGAUUUGAAACCUUGGAGUAAACUAAACUUUUAAACCUGACAAAACCAUGCUAAAUUUAUCAUAGUUUAAGUUUAGUAAAGGAAAAUUAUCCCUAAGAUAUUUUGUAUUAUUAUGAUUGCUAAAGAAACACUUGGUAAGCUAUGAAAAGCUUACAUGUUAACUUACAUAACUUAAUUAGGCUAUUUUGUUUCACUGACACGCCAAUUUUGAAAUUUAAGAAUGUCAAUAACUUAGCCUAUUCCAUUUAAGGCUGCAAUUUAGUAAGAUUUCUAUGCUGGGUACAGCUCGUUACAUGUAAGCUGGCACCUGAACAAUAGGCCUACUAGGCUUCUAAAACAUUAUGUGCUGUCAUUUGGGUUGUGUCAACAUUCCUCCCGACUCAGGUGAAUCUGGUAUUUUCCUUAAACCUCCACCCCCCUUCCACCAACACUGCCUGCGCUAGGCCCAAUUGCCAGCUUAGGGCCUACGUGUAACAAGCUGUACUUAGCUUGAUCUGGAUAUUAUCAAAUGUGUUGUCUCUUGGAUGUUUUGAUAGAAACUUAGGAGGUGCAUCCAUCUGUCCAGUCAUAAAUCCAAUUGAACUUUUAAGACCAAUUUAAAGUCAUAUACAUUUUAAAAGGUUGAAAUUUCUGGUAAUGGCUUACUGUUGUAUUUUUUACCUUACCAAAUUUAAUAGUUGAAUGACGUGGAUUGAUUGUGAUACAACUUCACAUUCACUCACACCUAGCUAUCUUGUUAUUUUUUGAUCUAACUCCUUUCUUGCAGUAGACCUAGUUCAUGUAUUUAACACAGAACCAACUAAGCUAUGUUGCCCUAAGUUAACACCAAACCACAAUUAAUAUUGCCGAUUUUAUUUUACAAAAUUUUAACCGUGAAUCUUUCACUGUUCAAAAGUAAUCCAUUCAACACAAUUACAAAUCACAAAUGUACGGUAGGAUAGAAAAUGAAAUGUGUUUGUAUAUAAGGUGUAGGGUAGUAAAUGUAUCCCAUUACAAUGCCAGUAGGCUAACCACAGAUACCAGAUUUUACAUUUUACUCCUACUGUAUUUUAAUGUGAAAACUUUGUAGCCUACUAACUAACAAUUAAGUAUUUUUGAAGAAUUUUUUUAAGCUUAAGAGGUUUAUAUGCUUACCGGUAACUAUAUUUAUUUUUAUUAAACUGUUUAAAUGACAAAAAACCUGUUAUAAGGCCUACUAUUUUUUCAAAGUACAUUAGCGCACUAAUUUGUAACUUGUUGAAUUGUAAAUUAACUGUUCCAUUGUUAAAAAAAUAAUAAUGAUCUGUGUACCUAAAAAUGUGUUCUGUACCAUAAAUGUAUCGAUGUAAGUUAAAUAAAGAUAUUUCUACAAC